AUGUUGGAAUCCUCUCAAGUUAUUCGAGACAGCUCAAUCUCUGUCUUAGCUUGUGUUUUGAUCGUAGCUCUUGGUCCUAUUCAAUUCGGAUUCACUUGUGGUUAUUCAUCUCCAACUCAAGCUGCUAUUACUAAGGAUCUUGGUUUAACUGUAUCCGAGUACUCUGUGUUUGGGUCUCUAUCCAAUGUGGGUGCUAUGGUUGGAGCUAUUGCAAGUGGUCAGAUCGCAGAAUACAUUGGACGAAAAGGGUCUCUGAUGAUUGCUGCGAUUCCCAAUAUUAUCGGAUGGCUUUCGAUAUCAUUCGCAAAAGAUACUUCUUUUCUUUACAUGGGAAGAUUGUUAGAAGGUUUCGGCGUUGGGAUAAUCUCUUACACGGUGCCUGUAUAUAUAGCCGAGAUCGCUCCACAGAACAUGAGAGGAGCCUUAGGUUCAGUGAACCAGCUUUCUGUAACAAUUGGGAUAAUGUUGGCGUAUUUACUCGGUCUCUUUGUUCCAUGGAGAAUUCUUGCAGUUCUGGGAGUAUUGCCAUGUACAUUAUUGAUACCGGGUCUAUUUUUCAUUCCUGAAUCUCCUCGGUGGCUGGCAAAGAUGGGUUUCACAGAUGAUUUCGAAACUUCAUUGCAAGUUCUUCGUGGAUUCGAUACUGAUAUUACCGUCGAAGUUAAUGAAAUUAAGAGAUCUGUGGCAUCAUCUGGCAAACGUUCUGCAAUUCGGUUUGUAGAUCUCAAGCGUAGGAGAUACUAUUUCCCAUUGAUGGUUGGUAUAGGACUGCUUGUACUUCAACAACUUGGAGGAAUUAACGGUGUCUUGUUCUAUUCGAGUACAAUUUUUGAAUCUGCAGGCGUCUCAUCGAGUAAUGUGGCAACAUUAGGAGUUGGUGUCGUUCAGGUAAUAGCGACUGCAGUAGCGACAUGGUUGGUGGACAAAUCCGGUCGUCGACUUCUGCUCAUGAUCUCUUCUAUCGGAAUGACGAUUAGCCUCGUGAUUGUAGCGGCCGCGUUUUACCUCAAGGAAUUCGUAUCGCCUGAUUCCGAUAUGUACAACAUUCUAAGCAUGGUCUCUGUAGUUGGAGUUGUGGCUAUGGUUAUUGCUUGCUCUUUGGGAAUGGGACCAAUUCCAUGGCUGAUUAUGUCUGAGAUUCUUCCAGUGAAUAUAAAGGGUUUAGCCGGAAGUAUAGCAACAUUGCUAAAUUGGUUUGUCUCGUGGUUAGUCACAAUGACUGCAAAUAUGCUCUUAGCUUGGAGCAGUGGAGGAACUUUUACUCUUUAUGCUUUGGUUUGUGGAUUCACUGUGGUCUUUGUGAGUCUUUGGGUUCCUGAGACUAAAGGCAAAACUCUUGAAGAGAUUCAAGCUUUGUUCAGAUGA